AUGGGUAAGUUUUUUCACCGAUCCAAGGGCCAUUCGUCCAAAAACAAGACCCCAGACACAUCCCAGUCGUUUAUAGACUCCCAUUCUACAGCGGAUACCAUAAAAACCUCGUCUACUGGACACAAUACCGAUUCGAGACGGAGGUCCGAAACUCCUGUUUCUCCCAAGUUUCCGCCCAAAGUCACCAAUGACGGCCCCGAAACAUCGUCAAACGUCUCGGGAGAGAUUCCUGAAACAGCACUUGAAGAGGGAUCUGCUGCUGGUCAGACGCAACCCAUAAUUGCUGUCACCGUAGACAGAGGUCCCCAGCCAAAUGGCCCAGAAACCACCCAUGAAAACCCCCAAUUGUUGGCUCCUCGAAUGUCUGAACUGGACAUGGGAGAGAGACAGAGCCAGAACUCUCGAAAGGAAAAACAAGGCAUUCUUUCGUCGUUGGUUUCUGCCGCUCACAAUGCCGCAAAUAUCAUCACAUCCACUAUCGACGACGACCACAAGUCGGGACUGAAUAACCUGCCUUCGCGAAAGACGUCGGCACUGCCAAGAAACUCCAGUACUCAAGACUUCGAUAGCGAGCUGGACCGCAACCAUAAUCGGUCCUUUAGCAACAAACUCGACUUUUUGUUGAAACCGGCCAGGUUCCAUGGGCCUCACUCUUCCACCUCCUCUUUGGACCACAAGACUCAAGAACAUACCACCAGUGCAGAGGCUGCUCACCGGGGCCGUGACGACGUAAAUGGAAACGAAACCGAAAAGGAAAAGUCGCUUGCAAGGUCUCUUUCUCCGUCUAAUGUACAUUUUGAAUCGGUGCGAGAGUCUCCCAUCAACACAAUCGGUCAGGGAAAUCUUCUGCUUGGACAUUUUUCCAACAACCGUCCUGCUAUCAGGUCGAAUCAAAACUCAACUGACUCUCUCCCCAUUAAGAGGGGUAUGUCCCCGCAAGCGGUGAACAAUCAACUUCCUCCUCUGAGCCAAUUGGCAGUUUCAGGCUCUGGAGACUACAAGAAAGUGCGCCGGAAGUCGUACCUCUCACCUGCUAGGUCACAAGAACGUCGUCGUCUGCACAGUGCCGCAUCUGACAGUGAAUCAUACACCGAUUCGGCAACUAUGGACGAUGAGCUAGACCAAAUCAUCGACUAUUCGGGUCUGAAGAUAGCAUCUGAGAAAGAGAAUCGUGAGUUUCACCAGGCUUUCCGCGAUCUUCCGCCGGAAGAAAAGCUUGUGGAUGAUUUCAGCUGUGCCCUCUCGCGAGAAAUCUUGGUUCACGGCCGCAUGUACCUUUCAGAACAUUAUCUCUGUUUCAACUCAAGUAUCUUGGGUUGGGUCACCAAUAUUCGCAUUCCUUUGCAGGAAGUUAUCCAGAUUGAAAAGAAAUCAACGGUUAAAUUGUUUCCCAAUGGUAUGAUUGUACGGACACUUCACCACAAGUAUGUGUUUGCUUCAUUUUUGUCUCGAGACUCGGUUUUCAAACAAGUCACCAAUGCUUGGCAUCAAGUAUUGCUUGAGCUGGCGGACGUGGAUCCUAAGAAAGUGGUAGCUCCUCGUGGAAGGACUCGUUCGCGUUCUUUGGCAACUAAGACGCUGCUGGAUGGGGUGGAUUCUGAUGAUGAAGACUCUACUAACAGUGCAGACGUUUCCGAUUAUUCGGAUAGAGAAAACUCCGAUACCGAUGAGUCUUCUUUGGCAAAUGACAACGACUCUUCCAACAGCUCAAUUGAGGUCAAGGCGUACCCAGAGAACAAUUUACUCGCUAAAGGCAGCUCCAAUGAAAGCGACAAAGACCAAGCGCAAUCUGAGGGAAACACAUUUAGGGGCCUUCCGUUGACCGGUCCGCUGACUCACGAACCGACCGAGAUCGACUACACCAAACUGUCACUGGAGACAUUCAUUUGUGACGAAACAAUCAAUGCACCAUUGGGGGUUGUUUACCUCAUUCUCUUUGGAGCAGAUACUUCCAAAUACAUCAAGGUUCUCAAAAACCAAAAGAACUUUGACAUCGAUGAACUGGGAGUGGUGGGGCUUACAAAAUCAAACAAGAGUCGUCACUAUACUUACACCAAGCCGCUCUCUGGGCCAAUAGGACCAAAGCAAACCAAGUGUAUUAUCGACGAUAAACUCAUCGAUUAUGAUUUUGAGAAGUAUAUACUAGUCGAACAGGACACUUCGACCCCAGACGUUCCCAGUGGAAAUUCGUUCAACGUGAAAACCAAGAUGUUCAUGAGCUGGGCUGCCAACAACAGCACCAGGAUCUACGUGGUGACGUCUGUGGAGUGGUCAGGAAAAUCAUGGAUCAAAGGAGCCAUUGAAAAAGGUAGCAUUGAUGGUCAGAAAGAGUCGAUGAAACUGAUGAUCGAAACGUUAAAUGACUUUGUGGCCACUGCAGGCAGUAAGGGCGACAAAGGCGAUAAGAAGAAAAAGAAAAGACGGAAGUCUACAUCUUCGGGUCAGAAAGAAAAAGCACCCGAACCAGAACCAACAUCUUCUGGCUCUGAUGCGGGUAUUCUCCAACAACUUACAACAUUAAUGGAGUCUAUCGGUGAACUUGUCCCCAUCCUGAUAUUUGGAAAGUCAGUCACAGGCACCAUCAUCACUAUGAUUACAUUGUUCUUGUUUGGAUGGUUGUCUAGUAUGGUUUCUUUCCGAGGCUCAACUCUGUUGGAAAUACUUCACCAGAGCAACAUGAUCACCCAGGUGAAAAUCAACGAGCACACCUACACCAUGAUACCGUCGGUGGACUCGUACUUGACGGACCGCAAGAAGCGGUUGGACACGGAGUUAGCCCUUUGGAAGUGGAUUAACGACCGGUCUGACGGACAAAUCAGAAUCCAAUCUCAACCUGAGACGGGGUCCUCUUCUACCCUGGAUAAACUUAAGCAGUAUUCUGCGCAAGAACUCAAGGAGAUAGUCAGGAUCACCCAGCUCAAGUUGAAUGAAUUGAGCAAGCGUUUAGACUCAGACAAUGAAUAA